AUGUCUCAAACAGACGAAAGUGUGCCGCACGUCGUCAUCCUCGGCGCAGGCGUCAUCGGACUUUCGACUGCCCACGUCCUCUCAGAGAAGUAUCCGUCGUACAAGUUCACGGUGGUCGCGCGAGACCUACCCGAGGAUGUGGACCUAAACUCACAGGCUUGGGCCAGUCCUUGGGCUGGCGCAAAUUGGUCGCCUAUCGGUGGCUACGAGGAGAAGAAGUACAAACGCGAGCUGAUCACUUUUAACAAGCUAUGGGAUAUGAUCUCGUCUGGUCUGAUCCGAACCCUGCCUUCGCGCAUCUGCUACGCUGAGCCUGUUAACGAUGCUAAGUUUUGGUAUAAAGAUAUAGUCCGCGAUUUCCGUAUUUUGGAUGAGGAAGAAGUCCCCUCUGGCGCAGUCGCGGGAGUCGCGUUUACAACCGUCUCUCUGAACCCACAGCUCUACCUCCUCUGGCUGAGGAACGAAUUAAAUGCACGGGGCGUGAUCUUCCUCCGCAAGAGGCUGUACUCAAUCCAGGAGGCAGCCGAGAUCGCUGGCCCACAAGGCGUCGUAAUCAACGCCACGGCGCUCGGCGCACGCUCGCUCAUCGGCGUCGAAGACACCGCCGUGUACCCCAUCCGCGGACAGACGAUUCUCGCGUACGCGCCGGGUGUGCAGGAGUUCCUGGCGCACCCGCUCGGGUUGAGCAGCGUCCCUACGGGCGAGGCAACAUACAUGAUCCCGCGCCCCGCGCCGCACGGGCACGUUCUUCUCGGCGGCACCUUCCAGGAGGACAACUGGAACCUCUCGGUCGACUUUGACACCGCCCGCGACAUCUGGAGGCGCUGUUUGCAGCUUGCUCCCGCGUUGAACGAUCCGGAGACCAGGAUUCUUGGGCAUAAUGUCGGGCUGCGCCCGGCAAGGAGAGGGGGCGCGAGGAUCGAGGCACAGUGGUAUAGUCUUCCGUUGGAAAGCGAGUUCCUGCCGCCGCCUGCUGAGGGCGCCGAGAAAUACGACUUCUUGGUCAUCCAUGCGUACGGGUUUGGCGCUGCAGGUUAUCAAGGAUCAUGGGGUGCAGCAGAAGAGGUCGCAGAGAUCUUCGCCGAGCACUUCAAGCUGGUGGCAUAA